AACAAAUUAAAAAAGUAGCGAGCAAUUAUGGAUUUCACUAGCAGUCUGUUCUCCCUCGCAUUCUAUUUCAUAGUUCUCUGCUUAUGCAUUUAUGUGCUAACCUCAAAUUUAAGGUCCAGAAAAUCUAGAUUUCUUCUUCCUCCAGGGCCUUACCAGUAUCCGAUUAUCGGUAAUCUCCACCAGAUAGGCAAAAUGCCUCAUCAAUCAUUUGCAAAAUUGUCAAAGAUUUAUGGCCCUCUCAUGUCUGUUAGGCUAGGAAGCAAAUUAACCAUGGUUGUAUCAUCACCUGAAAUUGCAAGAGAAGUGUUGCAGAAAAAUGACCAUAUUUGCUCAGGCCGUUCAUUACCCAAUGCAGCCUAUUCCCUUGAUCAUCAUAAGUUCUCAUUGCUCUGGCUGCCACCUUCGACCCGGUGGCGAAACCUUCGUAAAAUCUGCAGAGAGCAAAUGUUUUCAACGCAAAGACUCGAUGCUAGCCAGGCCCUUCGUCAAGAAAAGCUGAAAGAAUUACGGGAUUAUGUGCAUAGUUGCAGUAAUACCAGGAAAGCAAUUGACAUUGGCGAAGCCGCCUUUACGACAUCUCUCAAUCUAAUUUCGAGAACUCUGUUUUCAGUUGAUUUCGGAAACUAUGACAGUGAUUCGUCUCAAGAACUCAAGGACAUUGUUUGGGGGGUGAUGAAGAACAUUGGUAGUCCUAAUGUUUCAGAUUAUUUCCCUGUCCUUCAACCGAUUGAUCCACAAGGGAUCAUGCGUGACACCAAGUCGUGCAUCCAGAGUUUGUUCAACAUUUUCGGUGGUAUUAUUAAUCAACGCUUAAUUGCCAGAGAAAGUGCAUCAUCAGAGACAAUGAAAAUUGAUUUGCUGGAUGCGCUUUUGGAUGAAAACGGAAAGAAUGAGGCCGAAUUCAGCUUUAAUGCCCUGAAACAUUUGCUUCUGGAUUUGUUCAUAGCUGGAACAGACACAACUUCAGGCACUGUGGAGUGGGCGAUGGCAGAGCUACUACGGAACCCUGAAAAAUUACAAAAAGGAAGAGAAGAGCUCAAUCUAGCAACUGGAUUAGAGAAAGGAGUUGUUCAAGAAUCUGACAUUUCCAGGCUCCCUUACUUGCAAUCAAUCGUUAAAGAAACCUUUCGGCUUCAUCCACCAGGCCCUUUACUAGCCCCUCAUCAAGCUAGUGAGGAUGUUGAGAUUAAUGGUUACACGGUAACAAAAGAUACACAGAUCUUGGUUAAUGCAUAUGCUAUCGGUAGAGAUGAAAUUUGGGAGGAACCCGAAAUGUUUAAGCCAGAGCGAUUUUUGGAGAGCGAAAUCGAUAUAAAAGGGAAACAUUUCGAGCUCAUUCCAUUCGGUGCUGGGAGAAGAAUAUGUCCUGGACUUCCUCUGGCUUACAGGAUGGUGCACCUAAUGCUGGCCUCUUUGAUUCACAACAUUGACUGGAAACUUGAAGGGGUGAUUGAGCCACAAGAAUUGAACAUGGAUGAAAAGUUUGGGUUGACAGUACAAAAGGCAAUCCCUCUUAAAGCAAUUCCAGCAUUGUGGCAAGUUUAUUGAUGUCAAAUAAUAGAAUCCCUCGUGGGACUUAUAAAAACGACUCUAGGCUUUUGAGUUUUGGAAUCCGUCAAUAGCUACGUUGUGACGGACCCGAAACCUUGACGUGAUUUAAGUUGAUUAAAUACGUGUUUAGGUGAAGUCACGUGUAGAGUCUCGAGAUGGUACCAUCGUUUAGGAGUUUAUACUUUAUGGCCUAAAUUAAAUUACGAGGUAUAUUGCGAACUACUAAUAAUACAUGUGCUAUCCAAAUUAUAUUUUUAGUCCAAUUAUCAUUGUUAGCCCAAGUGUUGUACCGUACUCCAUUCUCCAAUUUUGGCACACGGUAGGGAAUCUCCUAACAUGUUUUCUUUCUUAACUCAAAUGGAACCAACGACAAAGAAAGAAAAUGUAAAAACCCAAACACACUUCUCAUUUCAUAAUCAG